AUGUACGAUCUAAUCCGCAAGCACCGCUGGGCCCUGGCGUCGGUUGUGUUGACCCUCAGCCAGCUGACGACCAUCGAAGGGCAGAUAAGUGUAUCGUCGGUCCCGUGCGGGCAGCAGCAACGGAUCGUCGGUGGAGUGGACUCACGGCCCGGCCAGAUCACCUACAUUGCGAGUCUCACCAAGCGUGGUACCCAUUUUUGUGGCGCCUCCAUCGUCAGCGAACGGUGGCUACUAACGGCCGGCCAUUGUGUGUGCAGUGGCGUCAAUAAAGUGCUGCGUCCGAACCAGAUCCGGGCGGUGCUGGGCCUCUACCGUAUGUCGGAGUUUGGCGGAAAUCAUAUCGAUCCGGUCGAUGAAUCUCGCAGCGCGUACGAAGUGGGCGUCGGCGCGAUCGUGCCACAUCCGGGCUAUGCGUGCAGCAAACCGACGAACGAUAUCGCCCUGCUGGAGGUCACGGAACGGAUCCGCUUCACGCCCACCGUACGACCGGUGUGCCUGUCGAGCGGAUCGGACUCGUCGGCCCGCGUUGACGGUGUGACGGCCACGGUGGCGGGCUGGGGCUGGCAGCAGGAAAAUCGUAACCUGGGCGACAAGGCGGACACACUGCAGCGCGCCGUCGUGGACGUGUUUCGCAACGAGGAGUGUGAGGGCAUGUACCGGAGGGGUAACCGAUCGCGAACGAUCGCCCGGACGCAGCUGUGCGCCGGCAAGGGGAUCGGUGGGGUCGAUGCGUGCUGGGCCGAUUCCGGGGGACCGCUGGUGACGAGCAAUAACGUGCUGAUCGGUAUUGUGUCCACCGGGAUUGGUUGUGCUCGGCCCGGAUUUCCGGGAAUCUACACGCGUGUCAGCGAGUAUGCCGGCUGGAUCGUUACGGUGAUCGAUCGGUUCAACACCAAUUGA